AUGCUAUCCAAAGCCCCAGCAAAGCGACCAAGUACCCAAGAGAUCAUGCAACAUCCAUGGCUUACAAACAAUCCCACCAUUCCCGACGCUCAACCCAACGCAUCUCAUCCUCCUCCUCCUGGUCCCUUUCAAUUACAAUCUCAAUCCCCACCGGACCGACACAUGCCCUCGCAAUUGCACCUCCAUCCCAAUCCACAUCCACAUCGGGCGUCCACGGGUGAUCCAAGCACCCCGAUUGAAUCACGGUUGACCGAUCUGACCGCAACGAGUCUGUGUUGCCCCGGUCACGGUCUGAACAAUGUCCUCGAUGGUGCUGCACCGUAUUGGAGGCAUCCAUCAUUGACCGUUCAACCGCCUUCCGUGUGCAACGGUUCGACCGCGAUGAUGUCCAAUUCGGCUCCAGACGGAGAGAUCGGAAAUCUGGACGACUUGGUGUUACUAGUCAUGGAAUCGUUGGGAAUGAAACGAUCCCAAAUACUGGAGUCACUGGAACGGCGGGCGUACGACCAUCUUAUGGCCACUUAUCUCCUGCUGGGUGAGAAACUUCGACGGCAUCGCCACAAUCUCCCUUUCAGUUCUUCUGUCAAAUCCAAUCUCUGUCCUCCUCAAACUGUGUGUGAACUUGAUACCCUGUCCCCGGUGAAUAGACCUCCUGUGGGCGUGGACGUUGGCCGCGCGAAAUACAGUCGCAUGGACAGAUCCGUGGAUGUCCGGUGUCCCUUGUCCGAAACGGAGUUCGUUUCGGCCAGUGUUCUAUCCGCAAGUGUACCGAACACAGAACGACGUGAAGAUGAGGCUGAUGAGUCUUACCGCGAGAGGAAAUGGCCCGCAGCUGAAUAUCGUUCGAAUCAGCCCGGUUCUCGUUUCACAACUCCAUGGUCUCAAAAUCCGGAUUUUACUACUACUCUUCCCUCAACUCUUCCGACCGCAGACACUCUGUUGUCCGGUCCCCGUUUUCAAUCCUAUACGGAUUCAUCCCAUCCUGCCUCCUAUUUGCGCCCUCCGCAACUGACCGAAACUCGGAUGGAAGACGGCGAGGAUGCCGAGGGUGAGACCGGUAUCCGAUCUGGCCCAUCGCAACAUACCAACACACACCACAGUUCCUCUGCCUGUCUGUCACUUUCCGCAGUAUCGGAUUUGCCUGUAACCACAGCGAUCGCUACCAACCCACUCGACUCCCGACUUUGUACUUUGAAUUUACCGGGCCAGAUUCUCUCACCAGAUCCGCAGAACGUAGUGUCCUUACCAAUACCUUCAACAAACGCACAUAAUCCCCUAUUGUCCGACUCUGGUGCUCAGCAGCAUCGAAUUCAGCGCUUAUCCGCCUCCUAUGCCGGACCGAAGAUCGCACGACCGAUCGGGUUCAUUUAUCGAUCGACCGAAUGGCUCAGCCGCAACAAGGGACCUGGUUCUUGCCCGGCUAACCCGAGCGAGAAAUUACACCUUGUUUACAGCCGCAAGUCUUAG